AUGGUUAACGACCAUAUUGCAUCACAAAUUACUACCGCCGGUGCAAAUCAUGCCGAUGAGGCUACUACACCUGUUGAUAUAGUGGCAGACUCUAACUGUGGUCAACAACAAAAAAUAGAUGAAUCAAAUGGUGAUGGUGAUUUGCUAGGAAUAUUCGAAAGAGGCGUCCAGGAUCCCUUCUGUCAUGACUGUGACAAAGAAGAUUGUUCAAUGUCUCCUACACAUACGGACCAGUGCAAGUGCUCCAGUGGUGGGGGUGUAUGUUUCCCUGUCCAGGAAGAACUGAAUUUAAAUGACGAGGCGACGAACAGGAACCUAGGUUUAAAUUCAGACCCUUUUGUGGAAUCUCUAACAGCGGCCGCUGAUGCGAACCUCUCCGCCGACGGUGUUGAUCCCCUUGUGAAUGAUGAUUUGGAAAUGACACCAGCUACUAUCGCAGACCAAGACCAGGGAAGACAAGACUUGCAGCAGUUGGUAACCCCAUCUUGGACUAACCCUUUCACAUCCUCAGAAGUGCCGCAUCAGCAACGAACUGUACCACAGAAUACACCAAGGGCACUUCAAAAAGCACAGACAUUGUCGUACAUGCCACAGUACCAUGUAAGAAAUAACAGCGCCAACGACAGAGAUUUGAGAAGUAGCACCGCCGGGACUACUGUUGGCGGCAACAAUAAUACGACAACAACAACGUCACCAAACCUCCUGAGGAGGUCCAGGACAAACAGCAGUUCACUGAUACAGCACUUAUCCACAAGGAAACCUGUAACGUCAAAACCUUUGCGGAAAAGUGUAUCGAUAAGUUUCCCAUCGUUCUCGCAGAAUCCAUGGGAGGCAGUCAAGAGUCACAACGCAUCCAAGAGCAGUAACAGCAACAAUGACACCGUUACCGCUGCGAACAGCGACGGGUCAGUGAUCUUCUCCCAAAGACCCAGGUUCUCCACUCAGUCAUCCUCCUCGUCGUCAUUUUUGACACACUUGUACGGACUCGAGAAAUAUGUCUCCUCGGACUUGGACGCUCUUUCGACAAAGGACUACCUCCAGGACACGAGUGAGGACCUGAGACGGCCGUCGUUGAGGACGAAAAGCACAACUAGGUCCGUGUCAUUCGAUAACUACAACGGUAGACCCAUUGACCUCAACGAUAUUAACUUCAGUUCUCAAUCAGACUUAAACCUGUCAAACUACGAGUUUACCAACAGGAGGAAAAGGCGGCAAUCGUACAUCGAGAAAUCGUUGUCUAACUCCUUCUCACAAAACACUUGA